AUGGGCGCCAUGAAGAACAAGUACUCCGUCAUUCUCCCGACCUACAAUGAGCGGCGCAAUCUCCCUAUUAUGUGCUGGCUUCUGGAGAGGACGUUCCGGGAGAACAACCUCGACUGGGAAGUAAUCAUCGUCGACGACGGUUCCCCUGACGGCACCCUCGAAGUCGCCAAACAACUGCAAACCCUUUUUGGCCCCGAACACAUCGUCCUCAAGCCACGCGCCGGCAAACUCGGUCUUGGAACCGCCUACGUGCACGGCCUGCAAUUCGCCACGGGCAACUUUGUUAUCAUCAUGGACGCCGACUUCAGCCACCACCCCAAGUUCAUUCCCGCCAUGGUGGGCAUUCAGAAGGAGACGGACGCGGAUAUUGUCACUGGGACUCGGUACGCGAGCCGCAACGAAAUCAAGGGCGGUGUCUACGGAUGGGAUUUGUUCCGGAAGUUCACUUCGAGGACGGCCAAUUUGAUCGCGGAUGUGAUGCUCAUGCCUGGUGUGAGUGAUUUGACGGGGAGCUUCCGGUUGUAUAAGAAGAGUGUGUUGGAGAAGGUUAUUCAUAGUACUCAGAGUAAGGGAUACAGUUUUCAGAUGGAGAUGAUGGUGCGGGCCAAGGCGAUGGGGUACAAGGUUGCUGAGUGUCCGAUCACUUUUGUGGAUCGGUUGUACGGUGAGAGUAAGCUGGGUGGUUCGGAAAUUGUGGAGUACCUGAAGGGUGUGUUUUCGUUGUGGUUGAAGGUUUAA